AUGGAUUUAUUGUGCAGUGAGGGUUUCGAAAAGCAAGCUUAUAAAGAUCCUGUAUUGCAAAAAGAACGUGUUUUACAGAAUUUGCUCAAGCUAGAAGAAAAUUACCUUCCUAAUCGUGACUACUUCACGAACGUCCAACGUGAAAUUAAACCUUUUAUGCGAUGCAUGGUCACUAAUUGGAUGUUGGACGUAUGUCAUGGAGAAAAUUGUAACGAUAAAGUCUUUCCAUUGGCCGUUAAUUAUUUAGAUAGAUUUUUAUCUAUGGUUAGUAUCCGUAAAAUUCGACUGCAAUUGGUGGGCAGUGUUUGCUUAUUCUUAGCUAGCAAGUUAAAAGAUCGUAUCCCAUUAACUGCUGAAAAAUUAUGCUCCUGGACCGAUUAUUCAGUUACUUGCCAAGAAUUAUUGGAUUGGGAAUUACUCUUAUUAGAAAAGCUCAAAUGGGAUUUGGGCUCAGUUACUCCGCUAGAUUUUUUAGAUCAAAUCCUUUAUCGAUUGAGUUUUGAAUUAAAAGAUUAUGUUCAUAUGCUCAAAAAGCACGCAUAUACAUUAAUUGCAUUAUGCUGUACAGACUUUCAAUUGUGUACUAAUCCACCGUCAAUGAUAGCUGGUGGGUGUAUCUUAUGCGCCUUAGCUGGUGUCUUACCUCAAAAUGACAACUCCAUUGCCAUAGUUAAUCGUAUUGUACAGAAAAUAACUAGCAUUGAACCGGAUUAUUUGAUCUGCUGUAAAGAACAAGUCGAAGAUCUUUUAUCGAAAACCAAUUCAAGCCAUAAAAUCGAUCAAAUCGAUGGUGCUAAUGGUUACAUGAGUGAAACACCGACAGACUUAGACGAUAUGCAGCAUCUUGUAACUUAA